AUGUCGGCGUUGGGCAGAUUUACGAUUCAUCGCAUCACAGCAGAAGAAGCAAAGUAUAAACUGUGCAAAGUACGAAAGGUGGGGACUGGCUCCAAAGGAAUCCCUUUUCUUGUUACCCACGACGGAAGAACUAUUAGGUACCCGGAUCCAAAUGUAAAGGUAAACGAUACGAUUCAACUGGAAAUUGCCACAUCAAAGAUUCUGGAUUACAUCAAGUUCGAAUCGGGAAAUCUCUGCCAGAUAACUGGAGGCAGAAAUUUGGGACGCGUGGGAACGGUGGUUAACAGAGAAAGACAUCCGGGAUCGUUUGAUAUUGUUCAUAUCAAAGAUGCCAAUGAACACGUAUUUGCCACCAGAUUAAACAACGUUUUUAUAAUUGGCAAAGGAAGCAAAGCCUUCGCCUCCCUGCCCAGAGGAAAGGGAGUCAAACUGUCCAUUGCCGAAGAGAGGGAUAAACGACUGGCGUCAAAAACGCAUUAAAAGGACUCGAAUAGGUAUUAAGAAUGUACAUAAGCACAAGUAAAAAAUAGAUUUUAAUUUUUUCCGCUCG